UAUAAAUAGCAUAUUUGGUGGGAAAGACAAAAUAAUGAUAUAUCUGACAUGGUUGCUGUACCGUUACUGUGCACGCUGUUGGCUGUGACAUUAGCGGCAGGUGCCCGCUACGACCCCACAUGGGAGUCACUGGACCAGAGGCCCCUCCCUGCCUGGUACGACGAGGCCAAGUUUGGCAUCUUCCUUCACUGGGGGGUGUUCUCUGUUCCAAGCUUCGCUGGAGCUUGGUUCCAGGAGUUCUGGCUACAUAAAAGAGCAGACGUGGUGAAGUUUAUGAAGGACAACUACAGACCAGGUUUUACCUAUGCUGACUUUGCAGCUCAAUUCACAGCUGAAUUCUACAACCCCGACCAAUGGGCGGAGAUUUUUAACGCAUCAGGUGCAAGAUAUGUUGUGCUGACAGCAAAGCACCAUGAAGGAUUCUGCAACUGGCCAACCAAACACUCCUUCAACUGGAAUGCCAUGGAUGUUGGCCCUCACAGGGACUUAGUGGGAGACUUGGCCAAGUCUAUGGCCAGAAGGUCUAUAAGAAAGAAGUCAAUCCUCAGGUUUGGUAUUUACCACUCACUGUUUGAGUUUGUCAACCCAUACUUUAAACAAGAUCAGAGGAACAAGUUCAAGACCCAGGAUUUUGUUCGGUUCAAGACGAUGCCAGAGCUGUACGAGUUGGUGAACCUGUACCAUCCUGAUGUGGUGUGGUCUGAUGGGCAGUGGAUGGCGCCGUCAUCUUACUGGAAUUCCACACACUUUCUGGCAUGGCUGUACAACGACAGCCCUGUAAAAGACACGGUUGUGACAAAUGACCGAUGGGGAAGUGACACACUGUGUAAACAUGGAGGAUACUUCACCUGUCGUGACAAGUUCAAUCCAGGUGUGUUACUGGAGCACAAGUUUGAGGAUGCAACCACUAUUGACAAGAGAGGAUGGUCAUACAGACGUGACGCCCAGCUGGAAGACUUCCGCACUAUACAGCAGCUCAUUGAUCAGUUGGUUACAGUUGUCAGCUGUGGCGGCAACUUCCUGCUGAACGCUGGGCCCACUGCGGAUGGUAUGAUCAGUCCGAUAUUUGAGGAGAGACUUAGGCAGAUGGGGCAGUGGCUGAAGGUUAAUGGAGACGCUAUCUAUAAAACUCAACCCUGGACUACCCAGAAUGACACAGUGACACCUGGUGUCUGGUACACAUCCAAGAAGUCAGCAACCGGUAUUUCUGUGUACGCCAUCACUCUACACUGGCCAAGGGGAGAUAACCUGGAGCUAGCUGCCCCACAAGCGGGUCCCGCCACCAAAGUGGCGUUGCUAGGAUACCCAGGAUACUUUGAUUUCCAAGCUGGCGCCACAUCAGGAAUGACAAUCAUGAUUCCAGCAAUUCCAGCCAAUGGUUUGCCUUGUCAGUGGGCCUGGGUUUUCAGACUUGAUAAUUUGCAGAACCAAUAUAUCUGAAUUCGAGGUGUGUGGAUACAGUUUUUACAAUUUGUAAGACCAAUAUUAUGUUGUUGCAUUAAGACGGUUGUCUCACUUUGACCCUUGCAAUCAUUAUUAUAGAAACCAGGACCCCAUUGCACAAAGUGAUCUUGGUGCUAAGACUAUGGUAAGGCAACAUGAAAGUAUUUAGUAAAGUGUUACAAUACGCUUAGCACUAAGAUAGCUUCAUGCUGUGGGUCCAUAGUAAUUAACAUGUCAUAAGCCAAAUAUUACAGGUAUCUGCUUCAAAUUGACAACAUCAUUUCUUAUCCUUUUUAAACCUUGCUUUUCAUGAAGUAUGUUUUCUGAUUGUGCACAGACGCUUUAUUGGUUUGACAGUUUUGUUCCACCAAUUUAAAACAAAUAGCGGAGUGUUAUUUUCAGAUUAUCUACCUCAUCUGUUGCAGGAGUUGUGUAUUGGCACAGUUUUGUUUGUAUUUUGUACUAUAUUUACAUAUAUGUGAAUUCUGGUUACCAUAGUAACACAUUAUAGUCAUGGAACCUAACAGGUCAUCAGUGUUGGUCUGGUCAAUUACAGUGUUUAUAUCAUUCCAAAUUAUUUAUAUAUUUUCCCUUACGUUGAUUGCUUGUAGCAUGUUAUUUUUGCAAAUAUUUAUUCAUAUGAGCUUAUACAGUUGAGAUCUCAAAUUGAUUUUUCCACUUAAGUUUGAGAUACUUAUUCAUGCUACAGUACAGAAACAACUCUCAGACUAAUCUAAAAUGGAUGUUGCAUGAGCAUUUAUAUUUUUAAACAAAAUGUCAGUUUGACAGUCCCAGCAUAUCUGGCAAGUUAUUCUCCAGAAAUCAUGGACUCAUGUUCCAUUGUAACAUUAUUUCUUGGUAGUAAUUAAUUAUAAGAGUAAAACUUAAUUCCUUGAUGGAAGACUGCUGUUUAUUGUUUGCAUCCUCCACAUGUUGACGUUAUUGCAUUUUUCUGUUGAGUUUGAUAUUUUGGUAAAUAAACGAGUAUUUGCCUU